AUGCUGCCGCCAUUUCGGAUAAAGGGCAUUGUUGGACAUCCGUUGCACCGCCGGCGCCGUUCUAGGAACGAUGACGGUUUCGAGUCUGACAGCGCUUCGAUUUCAAGCCCAGAUAACCGUCACAGGGCGGAGUUUGAAGUCCAAGGUGAUGGAGUAGUCCAGGUCUCCGCAAAAGAGUAUGACCGGACUAUAGAGGAACUCCCGCAAGCGAGGCUUCAGUAUCAGGAUGAAGACGAUGGCGAAACUGUGAUUGUCGGUUCAUCGUUAGAACUUUCUCAGCUUAUUGGUGAACUCCUACCGAAUAGCUACCGUCUACCUCUGAGCACACUCAACGCAGAUAAUGACCCUGUCAUGCAUACAUUUGAGAUUCAACAAACUCUUCCAGUGGUAGACGUUUGGAGAAACUUUCGUCUGAGAACUGUGAGCAACAGUAUUUCCGGGCAGCCGUCCUGUCAAAUUAUUCCCGCCAACACUGGUUAUCGGUCAAACGCGAAUUACUGCUUGACGAGUGGUCUCCCGGAACCCUCAUCCGCUGCAAACAAAGCAUCUGCUGUUCAAGCAGAUAUUCAGCAGGGGGGUGUCUCACCGGGACAGCGUGGGGCCCACUUAAGUGCGCUAGCGAACAAGGAAGACCAUAAACUAUAUCCAGCUGUCAUAGAUACCUCAUCCGAUAUACACACCGGGCUAAACAAUGAUGUGAAUCUUGAAUCGUCUUGUGAAGGAUCCUCGGCAGGAAACAAAUUUAUUACUGAAGAAGGGAAGAAACAGGCAUAUGCUGCCGGAAAGCGUAUGCGCGAAGACUACAAAGCAUACUGGCGUGGCUCAUAUCGCCCAGAACUAGAAGAAGGCCCUACGGCUAGUGAUUCUGGAGAUUUCUGGAGCACUUACAAACCAGCACACCAAUUUUCUGGUCAUUCCCUUAGCACGAGGGAAAGGGAACCCAAUAGCAGGGAAUCCCCCAUUGAAGCAUUCCCCAAACCACUUCUAUCAGAAUUCGAAGCCGAGCUUUCCCGGCUUAUGGCACAAAAUUCGAAAUCGGAAUCACAGGACAAGCCUACUGAAGGCACGACAACCACAGCGGCCAAGGAACUCUUUUCCAGCUCAGUUUCCACAGGGGUGCAGGAGCCGGAAACACAGUCAGCUGAGAGCGUUACUGCUCGGCCAACUUCAGACAAAGCACCAGAGAGCUCUGAGGCUAUAUCCCAUAUAGUUACAGUCUUUGGAAAGUCUUUCCAAUCCCUCCUAUCUCGAGUAAAUAUUCUUACAGCCGAGUUAGCGGACCGCCUGCCUGAGGUUGAGCAGAGAGUUACAGACUUACAGCAUCACAUACCCGAUCAGAUGCAAAAUACCAUCCACGAAACUCUCCAGGUUAUGGGCAGUCAUAUCCAAACUUUAGCAGAAAUUAUGCAGCAGGCAGCUACGUCCGCAAGGUCAUCUUCCGUUGCAACCAGUGAAGCAGAGAGAGUGGUUACUGCUCAGCUGAAUAAUCUGCGAACCCUUGCGUCCGACAUACGGGAAAUCGGCGGUUCACUCAUUGCAGGCUUUGAGAAAGGCCUCAAGUCACAGGAAAACUGUGCUAGCAAAGGCACGGCCGACCCAUCAUUAGCCCCUGAAGCAGUGAACCCUGAAACAAAAGACAUCUUCAUCGGUAAUCUACCCCCAGAUGCCACAGAAGAAUCAGUCAUUUCAGCCCUUGCAAGCCAAGGGUUUGUCGGGACUGUGAUGUUUCCUAGAGAUAGUUUGACGGGUGAUCAUUCCGGCUUCUGCUAUGUUCACUUCCCUUCCGCCUACGCUGCAUCUGCUGCACUGCAAGCCCUUAGAGGCACUCUCAUUGGGGACUAUAGCAUUAAUGUUGAGUCCGCAAGCGAGAAUUUGUCCCCCGAGACUAGCAACGUCUUUGAGCCUCCCGAGGCCCAUAUUCAACAGUCCACUCCCAAAUUUUCACACCCGACAACUGAAGCCGAGAGGCCCAGCUAUCCAUCGAUAGUUCCAGUGAGUGAACUGGACAAUGAUACCGGCAGUACUAUACAGCCAGAGCAACAUCUGCGAACCUCAUCCCUAUUUGAACCAGUCGCAGUCCCAAUUUCCGAGGUACAAGGCAAUACUCAGCCAGCACCUAGCACAGCGUUACUUGAUAAAUCGGAGGCAAACCUUGCCGAACGCUAUCCGUCUCUCUUUGCAUCUCAAGAUACCAACAGUCUCAAUGCAAGGCCACUACCCAAUACAUAUGAUAAUUCCAACCCCUUGUCCAUGCCUAAUGACAAUGACUCCGGACUUAAUCGGUACCCCUCAAUGCAACAGCUUGAACAGCAGCAUCUUUUCAUGCACGCCCCUCAACCAGCCUGGCCCUCCCCUAGACCUCAGACUGGAAACAAUAUUAAGCAUGGUAGCGCUGGGGAACCAUCAGCUCCCCCGGUUCCCAGCCGAAUCCCUGGGUCAUGGCCAUGGGACCAGGAUAGCCAAAGCACCAUACCUUCUAGGUCCAACACGGGCGGGGGCCGAGCUGAGCGCAACAGCUCCCGCGACCUGAACCAUCUUAAUCCUCCUGUACUAUCAGAUCUUUCCAGCCCUUUUAACCCACGUCCUCGCCGCAGCUCCCCAUUCCCCCCACCAAACACGUCCUCACUGCGUCGAAGUGCAACAGAGCGUGUGCGGAGACCCCGCCAAAGCCCCUUUCAGUAUAAUCCUUACCCACAGCGUCCCUCCAGCACCUAUGAGCUGGCAGACAUCAGCACUGGCUGUGAACACCCUUCGGACCUUCCUGGAACUUUUCCCCGUGACGUUCAGACGGCAACCGUGGCGGAAGCACCACAAAACGACCCAAUAGAACUAUGUCUGUCACAGCUGAGAGCUCUUGGUUUCGGUGACGAUAAGUCUCAAGAUGUUAAUAGGCUCCGUAUUUUCGCCGAAGCUGCUAAUGGAGACCUGGAAGAGGCAAUUGAGAUGAUUGAAGAAGAGAGAAAGGCUUAUGAGCAGCGUCAUGUGCAGUUUUGA